CGUAUGAAUGGAUGUUGUAAAACUGAAAGUUUCGUCGUGAUUUGCGUAGGUGUGUUUGGUCUUUGCUCGCCGGCACCAGUACUGCGUCCCUUCGUCCAUAGGAAAAGAUCAGGAGAAAUGGCACCUCGCGACAAUGUGCUUCGCAGUAUCGUCGCAACCCGUUGACAAGUAGGCGACCGGCGAGCGUGUGUCACAAUGGAAGCCUGCGCACCCACGCCGGGCAAUGUGGAGGCCGUAGAUGAGGAUGCACUUCAAGAGUUCGAGGACUACGAGGCCGUCAUGAGCGUGAUUCGCGAAGUCACUAAAGGUGGCCUCACCGAACGCGAGAUGGAACAUUUUCUGGACACGUUUAAGCACACUUUCGACAAGUAUCUCGAACAGCCGUACUUGUUGGACAGUCACUUGAGGGAGAUCGUGCAGGCUCUGGUGAACCCUGUGAAGUCGCCGGACUGCACCGACGAUAUUCUGCACACCUGCAUGGCCUUUCUCGUCGUGGUGACCAAUGUUCGCGGAUACAAAGUGGUGGUCAACCACCUGCCUCACGAGCUGUCGGACAUUGAGCCUGUGCUUGCCCUGCUGGAGAGGAUGGCACCAGACAGUUGGAAGUUGCGACCGACAACUUAUAUGUUGCUGCUCUGGCUUGGUGUGCUGUCUAUGGUGCCUUUCCAACUCUCACGCCUCGACUCUGGAGACGAGAAAACGAAACCUGUGGCCCAAAGGAUAUUUGAUGUCAUAAAGGCCAACCUCACUGCCGUCGGGAAGGCAAACACUGCCUCCAGCUUUUUAAGCGCUCAUUUUAUUACCCGUCCUGACAUCAAAGACCUCUACCUUGAUGACUUCAUGAUGUGGUUGCAGAAUCAAAUCGAUGCAAAUCACGAAAAACAGGUGACAACGACAAACGUGUUGUCUACGCUCGCCAUGAUCUUCAAGCUCGCCAAGCGGGAGGUUGUCAUGAAGCACGCAAACAGCUUGAUGAGCCUGCUGACAGAAAAAAAGUUAUUUCAAAGCAGUAACGUCAUUAUUCAAAGGCUCGCAUUAAAGCUGUGUCAAAGGAUUGGCCUUUGCUUUCUUCCCGUCAACCUUGCUUCUUGGAGACACCUGAGAAGCAUUAAGCAACUGUCACAGAACAUGCAAGAAAAUGGUCCCUUGUCAGAAGCGGCCUUCCCAGCUGCACAGGAGAAUGGAGAAUAUGAUGUCCCAGAAAUCGUUGAAGAGAUCAUCGACAAGCUUUUGGGAGGCCUCGAAAAUUGCUCCAUCGAUGUCAGGUGGUCAGCUGCGAAAGGCUUAGGCCGUAUUGCAAGCAGGCUUCCAAGGGAGUUCGCCUCCGAAGUCGUCUCAUCGGUGUUCUCCACGUUUGAGAAGCAAGACAGUGAAAGUUCACUUCAUGGGGGAUGCCUCGCCCUCGCUGAAUUUGGACGCCGAGGCACCCUGCUUCCCGAGCAGCUGCCUAAUGUGGUGGCUUCUGUAUUGCCGUGCCUGGCUUUUGACGAGCAACUGGGCAAACAGUCCUUCGGAUGUAUAGUCCGUGACGCAGCCUGUUACGUCUGCUGGACUUUGAGUCGUUCGUACGACCCCUGCCAUCUAGCGCCUUUUGUCAACGCUAUUGCUGGCGCACUUGUCUGCGUUACUCUGUUUGACAGGGAAGUGAUAUGUCGUCGUGCGGCUGCAGCUGCUUUCCAGGAAUGUGUGGGAAGACUUGGUACAUUUCCGCACGGCAUCGAUAUCAUCACUGUGGCCAACUAUUUCUCCUUGGCACGAGUACAGACCUGUUAUUUGAGCCUCAGCCUGCAAGUUGCCAAGUUCGCAGACUACACGCAGCCCCUCAUCUUGCACCUCGUGGAGAAGAAGUCGGGUCACUGGGAUCCCAACAUACGGACGCUCUGCUCGCAAGCGCUGUUCAAGCUCACCGUGGACGAUCCUGGCUUUGUGAGGCAGACCUGUGUGCCCAAGCUCUUGGCUGCAUUGCACAGUCGAAACCUGAACAACAAGCUGGGAGCCCUGUUGUCUAUUGGGGAAAUCGUGCACUCGCUCUGUGAGCUGGGCGAGAAGAGGGGUGAAAGUGUCUAUGACGCCUUAGGUGGUGACGCUGUAGAAGCACUGAAAGAGCUCGUCUCAAAGUAUGAGGAAAGCAAGGUGUUCCAGGGCCUUGGAGGAGACCCAAUGAAGGAAGCCUUCUGCUUGUUCAUAUGCAAGCUUUCUACUGUCCAUUUUCCUGUUCACAAGUCACGACCUAUUCUUGAAAAGUGGCUGUUUGUGAUAAGGCGGUGCCUUCUUCGUGACGAACGCAGCCUGAGGGCCAAUGCUUGUGCGGCCUUGUCGCCAUUCUUGGAAGAGUAUUGCAAGGACGAGGACAGCAUUUGUGACACGCUUCUCACGGACUACCUGGAAGGGCUGAACUCGAGCACGGAAGGAGUCCGUUGCAACUUUGCACAUGCACUGGGAUCUCUGCCAAGCUUCGUUUGCAUGAAGUACUUCGAAGUGAUUCUUCGCGGACUUACGGCCAGAGCAACAGCAGAGGGCCGGGAGUACUCGGACUCAAAAACUGAGGCAGUGCUUUCCUUGGCACGUUUUUGCAUCUCGGUUGGGGUCGAGGAAGGAGGCGUGUUGCCAUCCCAGAUUGAAGCCAUACUCGACAUCUUAAUCCAAGGGAUGGAUGACUACACGCACUGCCCACAAAGGGGAGAUGCGGGAGCCAACGUCAGGAAGGCCUGCAUGACAUCAUUUAAGGAGCUCAUCUGCUACCUUGCAUCGGUACUGCCCAAUGCCAUUCCCGAAGUACAGGUGUCGUCAAUGAUGCGUGCCUUAGCUCAACAGAGUGUGGAGCCUGUGGACAAUGUAUGCCGCCUGGCAAUAACGACUUUCAUUGAGUUGCUGUACAACACGCCGGAGAUUCCAUACAUCCCCCAUCGAGAGGAAGCACGCAAGAUCCUGCCUGAAAACCUGGGGAGCCUUAUCAACCUUCGGCAUUCCAAGGAGACAUUCCCUUAUUGGAGCCAGCUGCUGGUGCUCGACUCGUACCGCGAGCCCCUGCUCAAGGGAUUCCUCGUCAGUGUGGGCAGCAUGUCUGAGAACUUUUUCAUCACUGGCAAGAAAGCGCUGCUAUCAUUCCUCGGCACGGUCAAACAGGACCGCACCCUUGAAGAGUCGGUGUAUGGAUUCUUCACCGGGCUCCUCAGUGAUGAAGCAUUCGUGAACAGGGCUCUACCUAAGUACCUCAAAGCCCUGGACCACCUGGCAGUUUCUGGUGCCUUCACCGGGGCUCCCCCUGAAUUUGUCGAAGCCGUUCAGCGGGAUGCUUGGCUCAAAACGUGCAGGUCGAAGUCCUUCCAGAAGCUCGAUGCCAUUUCAAGCUUGCUUGCCACGUGGCUACAGUUUGAAGGAGACCUGAGGAAGAAGUUCUCAAGAAGCUCUUCAGGCUUUUGCAGCAUCGCUGGAGCAAAGUGCGCAAAGCAACUGCGCUCCGGCUGUGCGAAUCUCUCUUGCUAUACAUGGUAUUGGAAGACGAAGAAAAGCUAGAAGAGGCAUGCAUACUUCUCUCCGACACAGACUGGAAUGAGGGCGAUAUUGAUAUCCCUGUAGAAAGGCUCAGGACUCUGUUUGAACUCAAAAGUGAAAGCUAGUAAAGAAGCGCGCCCAUUAUGUGUCUUCC